CGCAAGGUACACUCUUAUUACGUCGGAUCGUCAAUAUUUUGCUGUGACAAACGUUAAUGAUUAGGUUUUUUUCGCGCUCCCUGUUUCAUUUUGAACUGACUCCCCCCAGAAAAUUAGUCGCGUCACUUCAGUAUUUCUAGUUUUCUUCGGAAUAUUGCUUCGAACGUCAGCGAGUUAUGUUGCUACUAUGUGAUGUGUGUGAUACUGUUGCAAUUACAGUGAGACACGAUGUUCAUGUCGAUGGCAAGAGUAACGAAGACAAACAUGUCAAGGAAUUGCGAAGGAUUUGUUGAAGAGGAUAAUUGGGAAACCAAAAAUGAAGAGAAUUUCAAUAAAAUAAAAGAAAAUAUAAGAGUACCCACGCCAAUCAUCUACGACGGAGGGAAUUUCGUAUACAACGAAAAUGAAUAAUUCCAAUAUACCUGGAUUAUUGCUUACAAUAGGGAUUUUGUUGCUCAUGUAUCAAGUCGGUGCUCUAAAACUACUCGAGAUAAGCGUUCCGCCGUACCUCCGGAGAGGUGAGUCUGCGCGUCUCGAAUGCAGAUACGACUUGGAAUCGGAUAAGCUGUAUUCAGUAAGUUGGUACAAGGAUCACGAGCACAUCUACAGCUAUCUCCGCAAGUCUGGCACGAAAAAAGCUUUCACGGUGGAAGGAGUCAAGAUAGACACGUACAAAUCCAACAAUCAAGCUCUGCAGCUGCUCAACGUCAGUCUCAAUUCAACCGGCUAUUAUGCUUGCGAGGUGCACACCGAAACCAAACCCUUCAAGUCUGUUAAAGGCGACGCUUACAUGGAAGUUGUAGAGGUACCACGGGAAGAUCCGAAAAUCACUGGCGAAGAGAAGAUUUACGCCUCUGGCGAUAUUCUGGCGCUCAACUGCACCAGCGGCUUUUCGUUUCCGGCAGCUCAGUUGCAGUGGUUCGUCAACGAUGUUCCGAUUGACGAUCCAGACCAGGAAGUCAUAUUCUCUACCUCGCGAGGCCUUCACAGUACCAGAUCGAGUCUCCGAUUAGAGCUCAAUCCUUUACAUUUAGCCGAAGAAAGGAUUCAAGUGAAGUGCAUUUCGACUGUACGGACUACAAAUCCAGAAGCACCUUUUGUGGAUACGCGAAUGACAAAAAUUUAUGUUCAAGGAUACGCCAGUUUAUCAUCGCCAUCGACUUCGCUGCUAAUGUUCACACUAUUGCUACUUACACUUUCAAGGAGACAUUAAAAAGACAAAGAGAGAGCUUGUUACUGCUAGCUGGAAAUGGGGCUUAUGACAAAUGGUGCCGCCUGGUAUAUGACGUUAAUAUGAAAAAAGAGAAAAUUAAUAGCAUGGUUACGUGUACAUGAGACAAAGACAAUCAUCAAUCAAUUUUGCACCAGCAUCAAAGCUUUUCAGAAGAAAAUCACUUUUCAGUUACGCAAAAGUUGCAGUAAGUACAGGCUUCCACAUUUUUAUUCAAGUUGAUCGCGAAAGCCUAUUAAUGUCAUUGCAACCACGAUAUAUCGCAAGAGUUGUUAUAACCAUUCCUUUGAAAGUAAGAAUUUCUUUUAAAGAUCAGUUUGGAAAAAUAUGUUGCUAGUUAGUUAGCAAAACAUGAGCAGAGUCUCACCUGAAGAGUAUCAAAAGAAUAUAUAAGUGUACAUGUGUCUCUGAAUAUAUACGGAUAGAAAACAAUAUAGUACUUACUUAAUAAUUGUGCCUGAGUCAGUUCGUGAGCCUCUUAUGGAUAUUAGAUACAUUGUAAAAUGUUUUAAGCCAAAUAAUAAUAUUGGUAAAUGAAUUUUAAGAUAAACAACCAACAAAUGAAAAAAUUGUUUCACUCCAAGAUGUUGUCUUGUUGGUUUGGUUAUUUUGUUUUAGCUUUGUAAAUAAAAUUAUAUAGUAGAUAAGGUAUUAAAAAUAAAAGUAUUCAUUGCACUAAAAUAUAUAUUUGAGAGUGUAUAUAAGCAAGUGCGAAUCCAUUUAUCAGUAUAAACAAGUGUAAAAUAUUCAUGUGAUGCUAAAAUAUUUCUUUCAGCAAAUUGGCUUACAAAAAGUGAACGUAAAAACUUCAAAACUUUCUUCCUCAGCGUACAUCAAACUGAUAUUUCUUAAAUCUAUAAUAUUUUCAUCACUUUCAUUAGAAUAAAAACUAUUCAAAUGAAAAUCAAAUUAUUUUGACCAUACUCAACUCCCGCAUAUAUACUCAAAGUCUAUAUUUUUAUUAUUUCUUUGAGGUGUUAUAAAAUGGAAGUGUAGAAUAAUCUAUUUUAUAUGUUUAACAAAAUUAAUCGAAACUUCCAAUUUAAUCUUUAAAAUACAAUUUUAGACCAAUUAAAACGUACAUGCAGGAAUAGCUGCCUAUGAAUAAUUUCCUGUGUAUUAUUCUGUCCUUAUUUAAUUUUUUUUAUAAUAAACGCUUGUUUCUAACUUUAAGUUAUUUAUUUAUUUAUUUAUUUCAAAUACUGAAAUUGAUAUUAUCACCUUGUAAGUCAAAUAUAUCAGUAUCUGGCUAUAAAUGGCUAUAGAUUUUCGGUGGAAAAAAAGCGCUAAAGGUAAUGAAAAAUUGAUAGAUCACGAUGGCGAAAAAUCAAAAAAACAUUAAUUUAAUAAGUAUAAACUUUAUUGAAAAUUGAAUACAUCUAAAAGUUGUCAAAUUUAAUUUGAAAAAUAUUAAUUUUGAGUAUUAUUUUAUUAGAACAAACUACAGUUAUAGUCGCUAGAAUAUACGUCAAUAUGUAACUGGAAAUCGCUGCUUAGUCUGCAAGCAUAGACUUUUAUCUAAUCUCAUUUCGUGGGCUCAUUUUUAGUCACAUUAACUUUAAUAUUUAAUUAGUGCUAAUUUUACGUUAAACGUUAUUGAAGGGCAAUAAAAAAUUCAUAAAUUUAUAAAAUUGUAAUGAGAUAUAUUCGUUUUAAUUUUAUAGUAUUGAAUAUAAUUAAUUAAUUUUUAUCUUUACAGUCUAACUUGCCUAAUAAUUAAAACUAACUGAAGGCAGCGCCGGUUGCUAUACAAUCUAAUUUUUAUUUUCAUAGUUCAUUAUUAAUGAUAGAAAAUUACUUUUUAAAUAAAGAAAACGUAACAUUUUAUAAAAUCUGAAAAUGAAGGAUAGAAGACCACUUAUCAGUCAUAUUUGUGAUUAAGGAGUAGAUCAAUAUUUUUAAGUGACAGUAAUAAAUCCAUCUGUUAUCUUUAGAAAGAAAGUAUUGCAUGUACUCUUAAAAUAUUACUUAAAUUUUACCAAAAUUAUCAAGUAUUCACAAAAUACAAAGACUUUUCCAAAGUUUAUUAUAUUCAUGUUGUUAUUUUUACAGUAAUUAAUUAGUACAUAAUUUUGUAGCAAAAAUAGCCAAUAGUGAACAUAGCCGAAUCUUUAAUUUUAUUAAAAAAAUAUUCAAUAUUUGACUAAAAUUACUGAUAAAAUUUUUAUAUAAAUUAAUUUUUAAUCGAAUAAAAUAGUAUUGAAUAUAAAAAAAUAUAUAGAUCUACUUCUCCGCUAUUAUUACGCUAAAUAAAAUUGAAGAUCAAAGUGUGACAAUACACUUAUACCGUGUAUCUUAUUUUUAAGUUUUUUUUUAGCCAUUUAAUCAUUGCCAUCUGUUUCUGAGGAAGUAUUUAUUCAACGAUUUUUUUACUUUACAUUUGAUAAAACAAAAUUUUUUUUACUACGAUAUGUAAUACGCACACAGUACUCCUCAGCGUUACAUUACGCAAAGAAUAUUUUACGUAUCUAACAAAAAAAAAGAUACAAAUAUAGUAAACAAACAUGGGAAGGAAAAAAGCAAGAUCUCAGCGGAUUUUUCAUCAUAUUAUUAACUUGACACUACUUUUCCUUCCUAGGUUAUGAACGUGCUAUUUUCAUGUUACCAAAAAAAUAAUAAUUACAUUGUGGACGUGAAAUCUUAUAUUCUCAGGCAAACCACGCGUGAUUGUAUAAUAUUAAUACUAUUGUUAUGAAAAAAUUGUACCUUGAUAAGCAUGUUAUUAUAAUAUUUUAUCUAUACAAAUUUCAAUUAAGUUUAUUUUGGAUCCUGUUAUUGUAUAAUUUGUGGCAUCAAAUAAUGUUAUACUAAAUGUAUAAGCGAAAAAUACUCAAUCAAUCAACUAAAGAGACGGAAACAGCUUAGUCGCUCUAUAUUAAUACAAAUUAUGAAUAUUUAUCAGAAAUAUGAUGCACAGAAUUUAUGAAUAUGCUUAAUAUACAUUUGUACAAAAUAUUUCUAAUACGCCAUCUACUGUUCAUAUAUUCACAUCGAAGUGGAUACAGAAAUAAGAUAUAUAUAAAUAUAUAUAUGUAAUGUAAGUGUACAUAUAUAAAAAUACAUAUUCAUACAAAUAGAAAGAUUUAGGUAAACCAAAAAAGCUGUUACAAUUGCAUAUAUAUACAUGUGCUUUUUAUGGUAGCGCAAUCACAAAGAAAGUAUUAAAAAUACGGGCUUCAUCUUCGAGUAUAAGAAGAUAAUAACUAAAAGGAAGCUAAAAUAAAGAAGCGCUCGAUUCAGAAUAUCAAUUAAGACACAAUACUAUUCUCAACGACAAGAUAUAUUUUAUUGAGAAUUGUAUUGAAAUUGUUUAUUUUUAAUAUUAGUAAUGUUGCACGCAAUGUCACGUUAUUUUAUUCAAAAUUUUGUAUAUCAUGCUACAUAAUUGAAAUAAUAUAACAUACUUUUUAAACAGAAACUGCAUGAUAAUUUCAACAGAGCUUACAUAAUAUGGCUGCAUUGAUUAAAUAGAUCAAAUCAUAAUAAUGAUCACAGUAGAAAUAUAUGUUGGCUCGGAUUACGUGACUUACUCGCAAACAUAAUAUGCGUUUUAAUAGUUAAAUAUGCAUUAUUGUUAGCACAAAAUAUUAUUCUUUGGAAAUGAAAAAAUAAGAUAAUGCCAAAACUAAUAAUUUUAAUGGAUAUUAGCUUCGCAAAUACUUAUAGUCAGAAUUGUUUAUAGAAGUUAUUAAUACUAACGCACUUAAUAACAAUGUAAUCUUAGUGAAGUAUGCACAUUUUUCUAAAGCAUACAGAUCAUUACUAAUGUUAAAAUGAAAAAAAAAAUAUUGAAUGAAAAAUGGUAUAAUACUGAAUGAAAAAAUAUGGUGCAGGAAUUGGGUGUAUGAGGGUUAUUGUAUCAACAUUGUUGUCUACCCAUGUAAAAUCAUGUGUAUGGCCUAAUGUAUAUAAUUCAU